AUCUCAUAGUAAACAGUUGUUAGUAAAUAACUCUCUCCGAUCAAUAGUGUGUGACACUACUGUCACUGCAGCUGGAGAGGAGAGAGUUGUGCGCACUUUGUGUGGGACGGACACUGACUUUGUCACAUUUUAAAUGGAAAACUAAAGGACAAAGCAUAUUUGCUGCAGGAGUCCCAUCUGAAGUGUGCUGAGAAAAAGAAGCCAAUCUCUACUGCUCUUUCUCUCGAUGUCCGUCUCUGGCGUGUCGUUUUCCCGUCUGCUCCGAUGCAGUCUGUCCUUGGUGGGUCGGAGUGCGAGUUUGUGCCCGGGCAGGUGUGUGCGCACGCGGGUGCCGGCCGUGGCCGGGGUCAGGUGGAACAGCUCGCGUUUGGACAUGGACGGAAGCGGCUGUCCAGCGACGUGGGAUUCCUUCGGGAUUUGGGAUAACCGGAUAGAGGAGCCCAUCCUACUGCCGCCCAGUAUCCGCUACGGAACUCCCAUCCCGCACGUCAGCCUGUCCAGGGUGGGCUGCGCAUCCCACAUAGGUCGUCGCCGUGACAACGAGGACCGUUUCCAAGUGAGCAAGCUCACGCACAACGUACUGUACUUCGCUCUUUUUGACGGGCACGGAGGACCACAAGCUGCCGAUUACUGCCAAACGUACAUGGAGCAACACAUCAGAGAUUGUUUGGAGGUGGAAACAGAUUUAGAGGUGGUUUUGUCUAAAGCAUUUCUGAAGGUGGAUGCUGCUUUGGCCAAAGAGCUUCAGAUGUACGGCAACGCCUCUCUCAUGAUGGUGGGUACCACUGCGACGGUUGCGUUGCUAAGAGACGGGAUAGAGUUGGUUGUCGGCAGUGUUGGUGACAGUCGGGCACUGUUGUGCAGAAAGGGCAAAGCUCGCAAACUCACAGAUGACCACACGCCAGAACGAAAAGACGAGAAACAGAGAAUCCGUCAGAGUGGUGGGUUUGUGGCCUGGAAUAGUUUGGGUGAAGCUAACGUUAACGGGCGAUUGGCGAUGACCCGCAGCAUCGGAGACUUCGAUUUAAAGAAGAGUGGAGUAAUCGCAGAGCCAGAGACCACUCGAAUUUUAUUGCAUCACGCUCACGACUCUUUCCUGGUUCUCACAACCGACGGCAUCAACUUCAUCAUGACCAACCAAGAGAUCUGUGAUGUCAUCAACAAAUGCCAUGACCCCACUGAGGCAGCAAACGUCAUCGCUGAGCAGGCUCUGCAGUACGGCUCGGAGGACAACAGCACCAUCAUCGUUGUCCCGUUCGGCGCGUGGGGGAAGCAUCAGAACGCGGAAUACACGUAUUCCAUGAGCCGAAACUUUGCCUCCAUUGGCCGCUGGGCUUAGCAAGAAACGGUGUUCAAAAGGUCUCAACAAAAGGAGAAACACUCCCAUAUACAACUGCACUGCCAGCACUGCGUUUUCUCAUUCACAUACUAAACAAAAGGCCAAAUGGAUAGACUCCAGAGAUAUUAACGAAACAGAAACAAGAAAACUUCACAGCUGAUGGGGUUAUCUGUAUAUUAUCAGUAUGGAUUUUUCCAUAAUCGAUUUGUACAAUUUUACCUUUGGUCCCCCGCAAUAUUGAAUAUUUGGUCAUGUGCUUCCUUGAUUUGACAGCAACAUUACAUUCAAAACAGAGAGUAAUGUUACAGUUUAUUUGGUUAACAAAAUGUAACUGUUGUUCAGUCGUUGAACAGAGGUAGAGCUCUUUCAACCAGAUCAUUGGUUGCAUCGUAUUGAAAUUUAAUACUAAUAUAUUAAUGUUGAAACUGCAUAUAAUGGUACUUCACUACUGAAUACAAAAGUAUGAUUUAUUCUUAGUGUGUUGAGAAGAAAGUUUGCGUAGUUAUACCUCAUAAGUGCACUAUAUAUUUUCACCUGUACACUAUAUACAGUACUUCAGUCGUGAUACUUAAGGGAUAGUUGAAUUGAUAGUGGAAAAUGAGAAUUCUCUCAUCAUUUACUCACCCUCAUGCCAUCCCAGAUGUGCAUGACUUUCUUUUUUUUGCAGAACACAAAUGAAGAUUUUUAGAACAAUAUCUCAGCUCUGUUGGUCCAUACAAUGCAAGUGUAUGGUGACCAGAACUAAAAAGAUCCCAAAAGCACAUAAAGGCAGCAUAAAAGUAAUCCACAGACUCCAGUUGUUUAAUCCAUGUCUUCAGAAGCGAUAUGAUAGGUGUGGGUGAGAAACAGAUCAAUAUUUAAGCAAAUUUUUUUACUAUAAAUCUCCACCUUUGACCAGCCCCAACCAGAAGGUGGCUGAAUGUGAAAGUGAAAGUCACUUCCACACCAGAAUGAGGAAGUGAAAUUGAAAGUGUAGAUUUAUAGUACAAAAGGACUUCAACCAUUCACUUACAUUGUGAGGACCUACAGUGCUGAGAUAUUCUUCUAAAAAUCUUUGUUUGUAUUCUACAGAAGAAAGUCAUGCAUAUCUGGGAUGGCAUGAGGUUGAGUGAAUGAGGAUGAGAGAAUUUUUAUUUUGUGUGAACUGUCCUUUUAACCUGACACACAUGCAAUAAAGAAAACACAUAUUUUUCUUA